ACCCAAUUUCUGGAUUAGGAAGGAUCACAGUUUGUUGAAGGAUUCAUCUCCCCUGAAUGAUUGAUUGGUUGCCUUUUCCGGGGAGAUUUAUUUGGGUCCUUAUCGAUUGCAGUAACGGGCGAUACUUCUUCUAGCCAGAAGAACACUUCAUCUACUUCCAGCACUCUCUCAAUCCAUAGCCCGACCGAUUCAGACUUGCCCCUAAAAUCGCGACUGCGACGCGAAGCUUCUAACCCCUCUCCCUCCAAAAACCUUCACGAAACAAAUGGCGAACGUCGGCGAGAGCUCUUCAGCACCUCCGAUGUCUACCGACGGCGUGAAGCCCGUCGUCGUUAGGGUUAAGCGGAAGUUGCACCAGUCUAUACUCGACGCCUUCUGGCUGGAAAUCAACGAGCGGCCGUCGAAGCGCGCGACUUUGGAUUUGGCGAAGCUCUCGCUUGGCGAUUCCGCUAAUGGAAACGGUAAAUAGUGAUUGGGAACCCCAAAAUGUUUGGUUGCUUAUUAGGGAUUACGAAAUUUGAUCUAAAAGCAGUUCCAUGGAGUCAACCAUGGGAACGGUCUCUUGUUUCUUCGCCUUGCUAUGUUGAAAUUGGCGAUCUCUUGUUUUUUGGAGCAGGAGAAGAAUCUAAGACUAGGAAGAUCCUUGUGCAGCACGUUGAAACGAUCAGCACCUCGGAAUCCACCAUUAGUGUUGUGCAAUCGUUUGUGCCUAACUCUGUUGAUGUGGUCGAAGCUAAAACGACAACGGAGGACUGGAAACGGACCUUUAAAAGUGUAAAUAAACAAGAACAAAUUCUUUUAAAAUCCAGACAAAGUCAAGAGCAAAUAGCCAAAAGUGCACGCUUCCAACAAAUAUGGAGCAGGCGGAAGGAAACAGAGGAAGCAGUGCAUGAUAUGUGUCAUUUCUAUGAUGUCAUUCGAAUUGAUGCCGAAUCCAGUCAGGAGAAGCAGAAAGAAGCUCUGUCUGUGGAGGAUCAGAAGCUUCUUUCUAGCUAUUUGCCUUUCUUAAAGGAGUUGAUUCCAGAUGCUGCUGAGGAGAUUGAAGCUGAAAUCAGUGCUUCCACUUCCCAGGAAGAUGAGUAUGUGUAUGACUACUAUACUGUGAAUGAUACCAUGGACAUAGAACCCGAAGACCCACCUUUUUCAUUUCCGCUGGUGCAAGUUGAGGAUGAGGAUUUCUACGAUGGACCAGAUGACGAAUCUGAAUGCGACAGUGAAGAUUCAAACGGUAUUGUUGACUCCUACUCUUCUACUCCCUUAGCCAGCCAGAUGUUGCUAACUGGUUUUGUUUGGUCUAGUUAACCAGAUUGAAAAUUGAAAAUCGCUUAGUAGUUGCUAAUUUAAAACAGUAUUCAGACCCAUGACCUGAUCGUGAACUGCACAUUUUAACCAGUGACUAAAACCGGCAGUCCUAAACCGAUAUGAACUUGGUUGGCCAAAACCGACUGGUUAAGUCACUGUAUGAACAGUUACCAAAACAGUUAGUCCCUCCUACACCUUAGCUCAAAGCACCGAUGAUACUGCUUUCUCAUUUCCUUUCUCUCCUCGUGGUUUUUUUUUACAGCUGAAAAUCAUCCAUUUAAUGAAUAUCCCGAUGAAAGUUCAGAAGCAGAAGACGAGUUGCGGAGUGAAGAUAAAAGUAACGACGAUGAAGACGAUGGAGAAGAAAACGAACAAGGUGAAAUGGAAGAUGAAGAGGAGGAAGGUGAUGAUGACGGGAAUCACAGCUUGCCGGAUGGCGAAGGCACAAAUUCCGGCGACCAGUUUGAUGCCUACGUUGAUCACUACAUUGAUGAAGCUUAUAGCUUUGCUAACGACGAACCUGAAAGUGAAGACGGUUAUAGUGAGAGCGACUAAGAGCUCAAAGAAUCUUCCUCUCAAGUGAUGCAAGAAUCUUUCUGUCUGCGGCAAUUCCUCAAAACCACAGUUGUUGGGAUUGACUUAUUUUGCGUAUAGCUUAUGUAUGCAGUUACUGUUACUAGUUCACGAUAAUCUUUGCAAAGACGAGCUUUCAUA